CAUUGAACGCGUUCAUAUUCCUUUGUAUCAUUUUUGAAGCACUUUAAACAGGCCUUUUUUUGUUGUUUGUAAUAAUCAGUUGUGGAAAUUUUAAUUAUGUAGUUUAGCUCCUGUUCCUUUUAUGAUCUAACGAGCACGAAACGAAAGUUUUGUACAAGCGAACUGUUCGUAUUAUUUACAAUAACUAAAACGGUGUUAAAAGAAACAGAGUUUUUGUUCAACCUAACCUCGAAUUUGACAUUUGAAUACGUUGAACGCAACAUUCCAUUCAAAAAAAAUUAUUUUACUUUUCACACUCCAGCUCAUUGAAAAAUGUCAAUUGAAAAGACCUUUCUACCCGUACCAGAAUUCGAGUCAUUUCUACAACAUUCGUUCAAACAAGAAAACAGUAAACGAUCGAGAAAACCACCAAAACUAAACCCAAACACUAGCUUCAGUAAAUUGGCUAGUCCGUCCUACCAAGUAAUCUCAUUUCGAAAUCAAACGCCUAACGAACUAAAUCAAUGGAAAUCUACGGCCGAUGUGAAUUUCGAUUCAUAUUUCGAUAAAUGUUUUGACUUAUUGGCGAAAAUCGGAGAGGGUUCGUUUAGUGAGGUGUUCAAAGUGCGGAGCAAGGAGGAUGGAAAACUGUACGCGAUAAAGAAGAGUAACACUCCUUACAGGAGUGAAUUCUAUCGAGAGAGAUCGCUCGAUGAAGUGCGCAAUUUUGAAUUAUUUUCGGAGAAUGCGAAUUGCGUAACGUUCUAUAAAGCGUGGGAACAAAACGGUUAUCUAUAUAUACAAUUGGAGUUAUGCGAAAGCAUCGAGUCUCAUAUGAAAGAUCUGAAAAAUGUCGACGAAGACUUUUACUGGAGUGUGUUGGUCGAUAUUUUGCUGGCUAUGAAAGCAUUACACGACCGGGAUCUCAUCCAUUUGGACAUUAAAUUGGAUAACAUUCUGGUCGAUGAGGACAAUGUUUGCAAACUUAGCGAUUUUGGAUUGGUUACCAAUGAGAAAAAGCCGCAACGGAGAGAUGGAAACGAAGGUGAUAGUCGAUACAUUGCACCGGAACUUCUGGACGGUAAUUUCUCGAAAGCAGCAGACGUUUUCAGCUUGGGUGUGACAAUGCUUGAGUUGAUAACAAAUCUGGAAUUGCAAGCCAAUGGACCAUUGUGGCAUGAGCUGAGACAAGGUGUACUGCCCCCCGCUUGUGUUAAGUUAAUGUCUAAGAAUUUCGAGGAAAUCAUUCGGCAGAUGAUGUCUCCGUCACCGAAUCAUCGACCAGACGUUAAUACGCUGCUAAGGUGGCCAAAGAUAAGGGAAGAAUUGGAGCGACGAAGGAAGGCGGCUCCCAUCAAAUAUUUCAAAUCCUGUUGCCGAAAAACAAAAAACUUCGUUUGGCGAAACAUUUGCCAAGUAAAAGAUUUUCUCGGAAAGUUUAGAAUAUUCAGAUUUUAUAGAACGAUCUAUGCGAUGAUACUGCCCAACAAAGAACCACCGCCGCCAAUGCCCGAAGACACAUCGUUCCCAUUCUUCGAUAUGUCGGACACCGAUUCGCCGAUCAAAAACUUUUCGCUGUCGAAUUUGCGCAACUCUGACGUCAGUUCGACGAAAGCGAAAAUUGUCAAUUCAACUCCAGUUCUACGGCAUGGUUAUCGAAGCCGUAACAGUCUAUUGAGCAAUUCGUCGUUCAAUUCAUCGAUCAAUUCUAGUAUAAACGAGUCGUCAGUUACAAGAAAGAAAUUGUUCGCAUCAACGGAUUCGGAAUAGAACCACAGCCCCGUCGUCGAUUCGCUGUAAUUUAGGUAUCUGGAAAUUGCCUUCUUUUUUAUAAACGGGAAAAAAAUAUUUACAAAUUCGGCAUACAACUUUACUAUUAUAUGAACUAACAUCGAAAGUAUUUAUCUAUAUACAAAUGAACAAGACAUAUGCCCAAAUAAUCUUUCCCCCUUUUUUUAACCACAAAGAUGAAUUUUAUUUACUAAGUUAAUAAUAAACAGAGCGAACAAAUGAGCAAAAAAAAA